AUGGUUGUCUCCUCUAUGCAGCAUCACACCCACCACCAACAGCAGGGUCCUGUCCCCCCUCAUCUGCAACACUCGCGACCCUCGAGCGUGGUUCACCAGCAGCAUCACAGCCAGACCUCGGCGCAGCAGCAGCAGCAACAACAACAGCCGCCUCAGCAUUCGGGCGCGUACACAUACCCGCAACAACCCCAGGGGAGCAAUUCACAAGACCACGGUCUUUCAAACUACUACGCGCACCCGAGCCCUUACAGCACGCCGGGUGCAACGAGCGGAUACACGGCCGCAGAUACCGGAGACAUCAUGGCUGCGACCAUGCAGAGACCGCCCUAUCCGCCAAUCUCGUACCACACUCCCCAAUCAAACUCGCCGGCUUCCGUAGCGUCGCCCUCGGGCCACGACCAGCAGAGGAGCAUGUACGCGCAGCCUCCCUCGCAAUUACACCAGCAGUCGAUGUACUAUGGCGCUCCCCAGCAGCAGUACUCGUCCAUGCCGGCCCAGGCUGCGCAAUCGCCGUACGCGCAACAUGCCCAACAGCCACAUCAGCCGAUGGGGUCGCAGCCGGGGAUGAUGAUGUCGCACACACCCCCUCAGCACCCCAUCGCCCAGCACCCGGCACAGCACGCGCAACCGGGGAUGAGCCCGCGUCCCGACAAGAUUGACACCCAUGGCCUCAACCACCGGAUAUCAGCAACUUCUGCCCCCGUCGCGAUGAGCAGCGCGUCAUCAACAAGCCCCCAAAACGGUGCGCCGCUCACCACCCCAACGACCGCCGCUGGUGUAAACCCGAAUGCUGCCCCGGGGCCGAUCCCGGCGACCACGCCGCUGGUAGUAAGGCAGGACACGAACGGGGUCCAAUGGAUUGCCUUCGAGUACUCGCGCGACAGAGUCAAGAUGGAGUACACCAUCCGCUGCGAUGUCGAGUCGGUGAACCAAGACGAGCUGUCGGCCGAGUUCAAGACGGAGAACUGCGUCUACCCGCGCGCGUGCUGCCCUAAGGACCAGUACCGUGGAAACCGGCUGCAAUACGAGACCGAGUGCAACUCGGUGGGCUGGGCCCUGGCUCAGCUGAACCCGCCGCUUCGGGGCAAGCGCGGUCUGAUCCAGCGCGCCGUGGACAGCUGGCGGAACAGCAACCAGGACCCGCGCCUGAGGAGUCGUCGCGUCCGCCGCAUGGCCAAGAUGAACUACCGCAACAACAAGACGGGGUCGACCACCCCUCACGCUACCCACAUGCCCGCUGGCCCCGGCGGCCCUGGCUCGUCAGGCAUGACCACGCCAACGGCCAUGGGUCCGGGGAGCAACCCGGCGAUGGGCAAGCCGGUACUCAACAACAUGGCGUCGCAGAUGCACCACCAUCACAGCGGCCAACAGGACGGAAGCGCUCAGGGAGGAGACGAAGUCGGUGAAGGAGAUUAUGCGGAUGACCAGUCGCACCACCACCACCACCAUCAGCCCCCGCCCGGCCAGCCCGGCGUGGAGGAGCGCCCUACCCAAGCCUUCACCGGCUACGGUUCCUACGGCGGCGCCCCUCACGGCUCGUCCUCGAUGCCUUCCAUCCACGACACGCUGAGCGGCUCCCCCGCCCACGGUGGCGGCCCCGGACCGCUGACUGCCGCCCGCCGGUCGAGCUCCGCGCGCGGCCCGGCAGAUGGGCCCGAUGACCUCUUCCCGGACAUCCCCGAGACCAAGAAGCGCAAGUUCAUCCUCGUCGAGGACAGCGACCGCCAAAACCGCCUGCGCGUGCGCGUCACGCUGGACAACGUCAACACGCGCGAGAUCCCGGACAGCUUCCGCAGGAACAACAGCGUCUACCCGCGCUCCUUCUUCCCGCGCGAGAUGCAGAGCCCCCCGCCCAGCGCGACGGGCAGCCGGUUCUUUGCCGACGACGGGAGCGAGGCCGAAGACGACGGCGCCACCGAGACGGAGGGCCGCCGGGCCGGACGUGGCGCGAGCGCGGCGCAGGCGGCCAAGCACCCCAGGACGCUGGUCAAGGUGCCCAUGGAGGAGGGCCAGGAGGUCGAGCUGGCCAUCCCCCGCAUGCGUAGGUCGUUCCGUGGCAAGGAGGUCCGGCUCAACGACCUGGGAUAUCGCAUGGCGUGGCUGCAGAGCCGCGUGUUCUCGGGCCGGACCGUGUUUUUGCAGCGAGCCCUGGAUUGCUAUCGUAACAAAACGCGCAGCGCCAUCGAGGGCCAGUUGCAGGACGUUAAGACGGCGGCGCCGCACUACGAGACCCGCGUGGGGAAGCGCAAGUUCAACGAGAGGAUCCGCGGAGAGGAGGACUGA